UGGUAACUUGCCGGCUGCCGCCGUGAUGGAGAGUUGACGUGGGAUUGCGCCGGAAGCCUCCAAUUCUCUCUCCUCCUCUUUUUUACGACUCGUCGUCGACCACUACGCUUUGUGAGCCGCCCUGAGCUGAGCUGGGCUGAGCCGAGGGCCGCGCUGCGCUCAUGGAUCCUUCCCGCAACCCGCCCGCCGACAGCCUGGCGGCGGCCCGCGUUCAUGUCCGGGCCCUCACCGAGUGCGGGCUUUCGCGCGAAACGCUGUUGCGCGCGCUGCUGGAGAGUUACGACGACGGGAAUGCUGCGGAGCUCAGCACGACGAGACUCUCGGUUUCGACCACCAGCUCAAUGUCAUCGUCCGAGAGGGCGAGCGUCAUCUCGACGGCGACCUCGAUGAGCUCGGUGUCGUCCCGCGGCGGGACUCGGGCGGUCAACCAGGAUACUGCACCGCCACUGCCCGUGCCGCCCGCGCCGCCGGUCAAGGGCAACAACCGAGGGAGCUCGAAGCCGCAGGGCGCUUACUGGUGCACGUUUUGCGACGUCGCCUUCCAGCGCAAGUUCGACUGGAAGCGGCACGAGGACGAGUUCCACGAGCGCUACAAGCGCUACCCCUGUCCAAACUGCAACCGCAUCUUCUGGGGCGCCAAUACGUUCAACCAGCACCACAAGAACGCGCAUGGCUGCACGACCUGCCCGCACGCAGACCGUGUGGUGCGGUAUACGCACCGGAAGACGGCGUGGUAUGAUCAUCCUCUCCUUGCUUUUGUUCUUUGAUCGACCCCCAUCCUGCAUGCAAGCAUGGCAAACUGACCCAAUCC